AUGCGCCCUUGCGGAGGAGGAAUUGUCGCGGCUUUACGAAGCAGACGCCAUGAUGCGAUCCCUGCUUCCUUGACAUCGCAGCUCUACAAGACAUCGGCUUAUGAGCUGAGACUGUCCAGGAGGGGUUUGCUCACCGAUAGUUAUGCACGAGGUCCAGCCACGCCACCCUUGCUGGAGCUGACAGUUGGUGAACAUUUUGCGAAAGUUGUCUCUGAAUAUGGCGACCGUACAGCGGUCAUUUCAAAACACCAGAGGGAUCGCUUUUCCUAUGCCUCCCUUGAUCACAGGAGUAACUCACUAGCUCGCGGAUUGGCGUCCGUGGGAGUGAAGAAAGGAGACCGGGUGGGAGUCAUGCUAGGAAAUUCGGUGGAAUAUGCUGUGACAAUUCAUGCUUUGGUUAAAUUGGGCGCUAUUCUGGUCCCACUGAAUCCUUCAUUCAAUGCUGCCCAGGUCAUAUCUGCGCUGGCUCAUCUUGAAUCAAGUCAUCUCAUCAUAAGUAGCGAGUCCAAUCUUCCUCGAAAGGAUCCUCGCUCAAAUCUACCGCUUAUAGACCAACUCAUUGACGAUGUCUCCACGUCAAAAUUAGAGUCUUCGUCUGUACCAUCCUUGAAGCGUGUCAUUGUGGUCGACAACUCAGCUGGUCGUGUGGAUACAAGAUUGUACAAGAACUUGACUCCGUUCAACUCCCUUGUGUCCAAUCUGGUGGCAGACAGUCGCUCACUCCCUUCUCAGGAUCUCUCCCCAGACGAGAUCAUUAAUAUCCAAUUCACCUCCGGCACCACAGCAAUGCCCAAAGCGGCGUGCCUCAGUCACCGCUCGAUUCUGAACAACGGAGCGCAGAUCGGAGAUCGCAUGCUUCUAACGCCCGGAGAUAUAGUUUGCUGUCCUCCUCCCCUGUUUCAUUGUUUCGGGUUAAUCCUCGGAUUCAUGGCCACAGCAACUCAUGGCUCAGCAAUCGUCUUCCCGUCCGAGUCAUUCAAUGCGAAGGCAGCGCUGAGCGCAGUACAGGAAGAAAAGUGUACUGCGCUGUACGGUGUUCCAACAAUGUUUUUGGAAGAGCUCAGUCUUAUUGAAUCUGGGGAAGUUUCGAGCGAUGGAUUUCAGUUCCUGCGCACAGGUAUUGCUGCCGGCAGCAGUAUCCCUGCGGAGCUUAUGAAAAAGCUUCAUAAGGUGCUCAACCUCACGGAAUUGACAAUAUGCUACGGAAUGACAGAAACGAGCCCUGUGUCUGCGAUGACGACGACUGACGAUCCCCUUGGGAAACGUAUCAACACCGUAGGACGUCUCAUGCCACACGUGGAGGCCAAAAUUGUCGAUCCAGUCGACAAGUCCCAGAUUCUUCCAGUCGAGACACGAGGCGAACUCGCCGUUAGUGGAUACCUUCUGAUGAAAGAGUAUUGGAAUGAGCCCAACCGGACUGCAGAGGUUAUGAUUCCAGAUGCAGAAGGAAAGACGUGGAUGCAUACCGGUGAUGAAGCAACAAUAUCAGCCGACGGCUACGUGACCAUCACCGGCCGCAUCAAAGAUUUGAUCAUCCGCGGCGGAGAGAAUAUCCAUCCCUUGGAGAUUGAAAACUGCCUGCUGGGGAUGCCUGAGAUCAACGAUGUCUCCAUCGUAGGCGUUCCGGAUCAGCGCUAUGGCGAGGUUGCUGCUGCUUUUGUGAUCGCUCGAGACCACACCUAUAGCCCUCUGACCCCCGAGAAGAUUCAGUAUUGGGUUCGUGAGAAGCUAAGCAACCAUUUAGCGCCCAAGUACGUCUUCUUCCUUGCGCCUGGCGAGUCUUUUCCCAAAACCGCGAGUGGGAAGAUUCAGAAAUUCAAGCUACGGGAAGAAGCUAUCAGGCUUAUUGCAAAGGAUACGAAGAAGUCAGAGUGA